CUCCAACUGGACACACAACAAAGUCUUGGCCUUGUUUAAUGUUAUUGCUUGUUGCUGAUUAGGUUGUCGAAUGAGUGCAUCCCCUCUAACAGAACGGGUCCCUUACGCUCUCGCCCCAUCCAUCGAAUGGAUGUGGACAGGGAUAUAAAUACUGGCCAAGUCCCGCCUCCCCCACACCCACCAUCUUUUCUCUCUUUCUCAACAACAGCAGCUUCCCCUCUCUAUAACCCCACUCGUUGCUUUUUAAUAGUCUCUCAAGCGAUCGCAGCCAUACAUCGCCGAUUUCAUUCGCACCAAACACCAAAUCGCCUCCUUCUUGGCACGCAUACACGCAUCCUAACCACCUAGUCACACAAAAAAUAUGGCCUCUAAAGCCGAUUUCAAACAAGAGAUGGACGAGAUCCCUGCUGCGACCGCUUCUUCCACAUCCAUCCCCAUCCCAGGCUCAAAGGAGACAUUCCCCGUCAAGGAUAAAGUCGACCAGCACGGCGAGGAUGCUUCUUCCAUCACCGCCUCAGAGUCUGCGGCGCCAGCCCCUGCCCAGCUCUACCACAAGCCGCCUCCCAAGCAGUUUGUGCUUAUUAUGAUUGCUCUGUCGCUCUGCGUCUUCCUCGCCAGUCUAGACCAAAUCAUUGUCUCGACCUCGAUCCCUGCUAUCACCAAGGAAUACAACUCUCUCGGCGACAUAUCGUGGCUCGCAACCGCCUACAUGAUGACCGCGACCGCGUUCCAGCCACUGUACGGAAAGUUUUCGGAUAUCUUUGGUCGCAAGGCCACCAUGCUCUUUGCCAACGUCGUCUUCUUGAUAGGAUCUGCCAUUGCCGGAUGGGCUACCUCGAUGACCAUGUUGAUCAUCGGACGCGGUGUUGCGGGUAUGGGUGCGGGUGGUCUUAUGGCCAUGGUGUUCAUUAUUCUUUCGGAUAUGCUUGACAUGCGCGAGCGUGGCAAGUACCUUGGAUUCAUCGGAGCCAUCUUCUCGUUCUCGUCCGUCGUCGGCCCAUUGUUGGGAGGCGCCUUCACCGAUCAUUUGACCUGGCGCUGGUCUUUCUGGAUCAACCUGCCCUUCGGUGCGAUCUCGAUCCUCUUCAUCACCGUCAACCUCAACCUGCCAACACCCGCGGGAAGCCUCAGCGAGAAGCUCAAGCGUAUCGAUUACCUAGGCUCGCUCUUGUUGAUGGCCACUGUCAUCCUGAUUCUCUUGCCCCUCAGCUGGGGUGGCGACAAGUACGCAUGGAACUCUGGCAUUGUCAUCGGAUUGCUCUGCGCUGCGAUCGUUGUUGGUACCAUUUUCGUUGUGGUCGAGUGGAAGGUUCCAAAGGAACCUAUUAUCCCUAUCCAUCUGUUCAGGGUCCGCAACCUCUGGUCCACCUACGGUUCACUCUUCUUCAGCGGAAUGUCCUUCUUUGGUAUCCUGUUCUACCUCCCCGUGUACUUCCAGGUCAUCAAGAAGGAGAGCGCCACCAUCGGAGGUCUCGAGACGGUUCCCUUCGUCAUCGGUAUCGUCAUCACUUCCAUUUCAUCCGGUAUCUGGGUCCUCAAGAGGGGAACCUUUGCUUUCUUUCCCGCCCUCGGUAACGCCUUCUUCAUCCUCGGUGCGGCUCUCUGCAUCCUUUUCCAGAAGGACACUCCCCGCGUCGCUACCAUUUUUAUCCUCCUCAUCUGUGGUCUCGGUAUGGGAUUCACGAUGCAGGCUUCGACCUUGGCCGUCCAAGCUGCGGUCAAUCCCAAAUACAUGGCCACAGUCACGACGUCGGUCCAGUUUGUGCGUAGUUUGGGUCAGGUCUUUGGAGUGGCCAUCGUCGGUACGGUCUUCAACAACAAGUUGCACAGCGCACUUAUCGAGAAUUUCCCUGGCGACCAAAGUAUCUUCAAGGUCACUCAGAACUACGACCUCAUCCACGAUUACGCCCCUGAGCAGGUCCUGACGAUCUAUGAUAGCUAUGUGCACGCAUUGCACUAUGUGUUUUACUGCAGUGUUGCGUUCUGUGGGCUGGCGUUUAUUAUGAGCUGCUUCAUCCAGCACAAGGAGCUCAAGACCAAUGCGAACCAUGGCAAGCCUGAGAUGUCUGUUGAGAUGGUCUAAGUAGCUCUUGGACACACCUCUUUCUUCAUCCGAGCCUUUUAUUAUCAUUGUCAUCUCCAUUGUCAUCUCCAUUGUAUAUCCAUCCAUAAUCUUUCAUUAUCUAGUCUAGUUCUCAUUUCACCAUUUUUCUAGUAUAUAUGCAUCAACUAAUAAUAACGACGCUUCACUCAGAGGCGAAGGAUUCAAUAUGAA